UUUUAAAUUAACUUUUACUUAAACUCUUAUCAAGUAAAACACAUUUACAAAUUAAAAAAUCUCACCUAUUAAUUUGGUGGUUUAACUGAAAACUGUGUACUACUAACAAGACAUUGAUUAAAAUUUCCAUCAAUUUCUGGGAUUGGAUUCAAUCUUUCGGCCCUACAAUUACAUGAGAAAGUAUCCCCACACAUCUCACUGCAUGUGAAUCCCUUCAAAAAUCGAAUAAUCCCCUCUGUGGUUAGAUCUUUCAUAGUAUCUAAUGUACACUGUUUAUUUAUAAAUAGCUUAGCCACUUACAAUAGUGAGAAAGGUGUUUGGAAAAGAGUUCUUUAAGAUCUGGGUUUUGUUAGUGUUGUCAAUGGGGAGCUCAGAAGAGAGAGUUGUUGCUGUGAUCAUGGUGGGUGGGCCCACUAAAGGGACUAGAUUCAGGCCAUUGUCUUUGAAUAUUCCAAAGCCGCUUUUUCCCCUUGCUGGACAACCUAUGGUUCAUCAUCCUAUCUCGGCUUGCAAACGGAUCCCAAAUCUAGCGCAGAUCUAUCUUAUUGGUUUUUAUGAGGAGCGCGAGUUUGCAUUGUUUGUGUCGUCUAUUUCAAAUGAGCUUAGACUGCCCGUCAGAUAUUUGAAAGAGGAAAAACCACAUGGUUCAGCUGGUGGACUCUACAACUUCAGGGAUUAUAUCAUGGAAGACAAUCCGUCACAUAUUGUGCUACUGAACUGUGAUGUUUGCAGCAGCUUUCCACUCCCUGAGAUGCUCGAGGCCCACAAAAGCUAUGGUGGGAUUGGAACAAUUUUGGUGAUCAAGGUUUCUCCCGAGUCUGCUCAUCAGUUUGGUGAACUUGUGGCUGAUCCUGUUUCAAAUGAGCUCUUGCAUUAUGCUGAGAAACCUGAAACUUUUGUCAGUGACCGUAUCAAUUGUGGCGUGUACAUAUUUACCCCAGAAAUAUUUACUGCUAUUCGAGAUGUGUCCACUCAACGGAAAGAAAGAGCUAUACUAAGACGUUUAACCAGCUUCGAAGCCCUUCAGCCUGCAAAUAGGAGUCUACCGACUGAUUUUGUAAGAUUGGAUCAAGAUAUUCUAUCACUCCUUGCUGGGAAAAAGCAGUUUUACGUAUUCGAGACAAGGGAUUUUUGGGAACAAAUAAAAACUCCAGGAAUGUCCUUGAAAUGCUCUGGACUCUAUCUAACCCAAUAUCGAUCCAUCUCACCGCAACUUUUAGCAAGUGAAAAUGACUCCAAAAAUGCUACUAUUUCGGGAGAUGUAUACAUUCAUCCUUCGUCAAAAGUUCAUCCAACUUCAAAGAUUGGUCCAAAUGUUUCAAUCUCGGCCAAUGCACGAAUAGGAGCUGGUGCAAGGCUCGUUAGCUGCAUUAUACUCGAUGGCGUCGAGAUUAAGGAAAAUGCUGUUGUUAUUCACGCAAUUGUCGGCUGGAAAUCCUCCAUCGGCAGAUGGUCCAGAGUCCAGGCUUCAGGAGAUUACAACGCGAAACUCGGAGUUACGAUUCUUGGUGAAUCAGUGAUAGUAGAAGAUGAAGUUGUGGUAAUCAAUAGCAUUGUGCUUCCAAACAAGACACUAAAUGUUAGUGUUCAAGAGGAAAUCAUACUGUAAAACACACACACACACACACACUGAAAUCUAUAUAUAUGUAAUAAGAAUUAUUAUUUACCAAAAAUAGUAAGCAAAAAAAUCUGGCAACAUUAAUUGCAUACCAUUUUCGACAAGUUUUGUUUUA